AUGGUUAGGCUAGACCCUAGUGAAGCAAUGGAGGAGCAGCGCAGGAGAAUAUUGUUAAUCACCUAUCCUCGCACUGCGUCAAAUCUUUUGGUCAAGAUGCUUUCCUUGAACUCUCAAACAGCCGUGGUCUCGAACGAAAGAGGGGGUUAUUUUUUCUGGGACGCUUUCAUGACCGGGAGAGCCACUGGGUUAACAUACAAACCAGUUGAGCAAUGGAAUGCGGAAGAGACUGAUCGGAUUCGGCGAGAAUUUCAGAAAGGCGUGAAUGCGCUAGAGAAGAAACAUGAAUUGGCUAAAUCCGAGGGAAAGCUUAUCUUUGCGAAGGAACAUAUUCAAUGGUUUCUCAACCCUGCCUCAAUUACCCAAUAUCUCUCUGGGCAUGAUGGUCCAGCAAAACUGCCGUUCGAAAUCGAAGCUCCACACAUUUCUAGUUCUGAAGGAAUAUUCUCCUCGAACAAUUUGAAUGUUCUACCCGAUGAGUAUUUGCAAACAUGGACUCCGACAUUUCUUAUACGACAUCCCGCGCUAGCCUUUCCUUCGAUGUAUCGAUCCACGCUUGACCUGGAAAAGGAAGGUUUUGCAGAUCCUCGCGAGCUUCAGCCAAUGCUGAAAUUGCAUGCAACUUUGAAAUGGACUCGAUUGAUAUAUGACUGGUAUGACCAGCGUGGGUCAAAUUUAUCUUCUGCAAACAAUGACAGCAGACAAUCUCCCAUUCUCCUAGAUGCACAAGAUGUCAUCAAUACACCAGAGGUGGUGGCAAAGUAUUGCGAGCUGAUAGGGAUGGACCCAACGAAGUUGAAGUUUGAAUGGAAUCGGGAAGUUCCAGAAGAUGGGUCCUCACUUUCAGAUGAGACUGCUCAGAAAACUCCAGAGGGGGUAAUGAUGGCAACAUUGGACAAUUUAUCAACUUUGUUGAAGGAAAAGACUCCGACCGUGGUUGAUAUUGCUUCAGAAGCACAGAAAUGGAGAAAGAAGUUUGGUGAGGAUAUUGGGAGGCAGAUGGAAGAUUGGGUGCACAGUGCAAUGCCAGAUUACGACUAUUUGAGUGCCAGGAGACUGCAUUUGUGA